UCAUGUCUGAAAUUUAUAUACUAGCUUGUACAUGCUCAUUUCAUUUGUCAACCCCUGGCUUCAAGCAACUCCAGUCAUGGAGAUCCAGUAUCCUUCCCUUGCCUUAACCGCUGCGCUCCUCCUUUUACCACCCCUCCUCUUCAUUCUGAUCAAGGGAGUCGCAGGCUCAAAGCCUGAAGGGAGCAAAAAACUCCCACCAGGCCCAUGGAAGCUCCCGUUAAUUGGUAAUAUACACCAGUUAUUAGGUGGGCUGCCUCAUCGCGUCCUUCGAGAUCUUGCCAUCAAACAUGAUCGCGAUCUUAUGCUUCUUAGGCUUGGGGAGAUCAACCAGGUCAUCGUCUCUUCAGCUGAAGCCGCCGGAGAGAUCAUGAAGGCCCACGAUCUAAACUUCUGCUCUCGUCCUCAACUCGUCGCGUCGACUGUCAUGCUCUAUAACAAUACGGAUAUCGGUUUUUCUCCCUACGGAAGCUACUGGCGUCAGCUUAGAAAGAUUUGCAUUCUUGAACUCCUUAGCGCUCGCCGAGUCAAGGCUUCAUUUGGGAUAAGGGAAGAAGAGAUUUCAAAUAUGGUUAAGAGCAUCUCUGCAGCGAGUGCUGAUCAUUCAGCAGUUAUUAACCUCAGCGAAAGGAUUGCGUCGUUAACCGAUGCCAUCAUCUCAAGGACGGCCCUAGGUUCAAAGACUAAUCAUGGGAAGAGGUUGAUGCGCGUGUUGAAGAAACUCGAGAAACUGGCUUCUGGGUUUGACCUUGCAGACAUGUAUCCAUCUUUGGGGUUUAUGAGUGCAUUAACUGGGAUAAGUUCACAGUUGAAGAAGAGUCAUGGGGAGGGCGAUGAGAUUCUCAAUCAGAUAAUUGAGGAGCACUUGGCUAAGAGGAAAGCUAAUGGUGCUGUCAAAGAAGCUGAGAAGUUGGAAGAGGAUCUGAUAGAUGUUCUUUUGUCAAUUCAAGAGAAGGGCGACCUUGAACUACCUCUCACAAAGACCAAUAUCAAAGCUGUGAUCCUAGAUAUGUUUAAUGGAGGAACUUCAACUACAACCACUACCUUGGUAUGGGCGAUGGCAGAGCUCAUGAGGCACCCAGAGGUAAUGAAAAAGGUGCAAUCAGAAUUACGAAAUAUUCUAAAAGACAAAGAAACGAUCGAAGACGAAGACUUGAGAUCCCUACACUAUAUGAAGCUAGUCAUUAAAGAAACUCUAAGGUUGCAUCCACCGGUUCCACUACUUCUACCAAGAGUAUGCAAUGAAUCCUGCAACGUGAUGGGAUAUUAUAUCCCCGCGGGUAGUAGAGUCUUAGUGAAUGCAUGGGCGAUAGGGAGAGAUCCUAGGUAUUGGGAAGAUGAAGAAAGCUUUAGGCCAGAGAGAUUUGAUGGCCGUUCUGUUGAUUUCGCCGGCGGUAGCUUCGAAUACAUACCAUUUGGUGGCGGAAGAAGAGUAUGUCCUGGAGUGACUUUCGGGAUGGUCAGUGUGGAGCUUGCCCUUGCAAACCUCCUCUUUUACUUUGAUUGGGAGCUUCCUGAUGCGAUGAGGCCUGAAGAUCUAGAUAUGAGUGAAUUUUUUGGAAUAACAGUUGGAAGGAAGUCCGAACUUUGGUUGAUUGCCAAGCCUCAAAGAAUGUAGUUGC